AUGUUGGUCAACUAUAAGGUUGACCGGAAAGAAGAACAAAAAGAAGACUUGGUCAAUGAGUUGCCAGGAAAGAACACAAUGACACCACUUCUGAUUGAUGUCAGGAUCCGGAUAUUCACAACUUUGAUCGGGAAAGAAGCGAAGGGUAUUUUCGGGAAGGUGUUGACAUCAUUUCAGACUCUUAAUACAAGAGAUACUAUUCAAAGUGGAAUCAAAGUUGUUUCUGAACAGGUUGUUGAGAAGAAUAAAGAAACCCUAAAUCAGCUAAAAGAACUCAAUGUUGAACAAGAAAUGGAUAUGGAGUGUGUUCGCCAAAGAGAUGAACUUUAUAGAAAUUGA